UGGCGACAAUAAAGAGCAUCAUAUCUGCAAUGAAAGAACUGAUAUCUUCUGAUCCUGACCCGCUGGCACCCUCUGGUUGGAUGGAGAGGAUACAAUACAAUUUAAAGAAGUCCAGGAGCAAUCCUAUUCUUACCUCAAGUGCCAUUAAAGACGUAAAAUUGAAAUACAAACUGGAAUUACCAUUAGACCAGAGGGAUGAAGAUUAUCAGUGGGGAUUUGUGCUUGAGAGUUUGGCAUUAUUACUACUCCUCCGUAACACAAUAAAUAACAGCCCAUCUUUAGAAGGAGACCCUGCAGCAAUGCUUAGUUUAUCAGAUAAUAAAACUACUAAAGGAAUUUGCCAGUUUGUACUAUCACUUGGUCUCCAUUUAUAUCUUGAUGCUAAAAGACCCAUCAGUCCUUCUGCUACUGGGAUUAACACAAGUACUAAGUUGAUUCCUGAAUCAGUAAAGAGUGAACGCAUUUGUAUUAUCAUCCACUCUCUUUGUGAUUGCUUGGAUUCAGAAGAGCUUUCCUCCAUAAUACUCCAGACACUACUAACAGGUCUUCUUGCUGGACUGUUCCAAAUUAUCUACAAGCCACUCCUUGAGUCUGCCUCUCCAUCUCCGUCCACUCCUCGUGUUGUAUCCAAGUCUUUCUCAGAUCCAGAAGUAUUUGAGAGUCAUUUAAAGAACCUACUAAAGGCUCUACCUCGUCCUCUCUUAGUCAGGGAGUUACUCUCACUGCAAGUGAUGGGAAGGACUCGGAGGUCUGGGUUGUUGUGGUUGCGUAAAGCAUGUGGGGAGCAUCUCUCAAGAGUACUGAUGGAGUCCAAUGGUGUCCAAUCUGUUCUACGAGGAAUAUUUGAAGCCUCAACUGGCAAUGAUGGGUUAGUUAGUGAGAGCGUCACUGAAUCCUCUCAGAAUUGGCACAAGUGCCAAUCUAUAGCUCAGAUAUUAUCCAGCUGUCCAUUACAAGCUGAAUCCAUUGAGAAAUAUUACUCUCUUGUCUGCCCUCAAAUACUCUCUCUUAUCGGUCUUCCUCCUGAUGGGGUUGGUAGACAUUUUUUAAGAGUUGCUGUUUGCACUGUGACACAAAUGCUCUCCAAGCAAUAUGAUCUGUCAAUGAAGUACAUUGUGAUUCCACUACUUAGGCCACUAUAUGUAUUGACUGAAGAUGGAGAUUUUCAAGAUAUUACCCAAUUGGCAUCUUCAGUGGAAAUUUGUCUUAAGAAUUUAAAUAGAAUCUUAGAAGUUAUUGAACCAACGUCACUUGUAGUGACGUCAUUGGCAGAGUACUUACCUCUUCUCUUUGAUAUUUGGAGCUGCACACGAAAAUAUGAGGCACUAAUCACAAAAAAAUCAAAGCAAUGUCUCAUCUCCACUUUCAAAUUAUCAGACAGCCUUACUCAGUUAGAAUUUCUGAAGUUCCUCCUUCAUAUUCACGAAACAGACACACAACGCUUCAAAGCACUGAGAAGUGACAUCAAAAUUACAUUAUCCACCAAAGGAGGAGACUUGAUUAUUGCAAGAGAAGAAGAGAUGAAUGUUUCUUCUAAAACAUCCUCUGAAACAAUGUCAGAAAUUGGAACGGCCAUCACUGAUCUUGUAGAGGGAGAAUUGAAAUCAACCGGAAUAAAAUCAACACUGUUCACAUACUGCAUGGAAUAUAUUGGAAACCUAUUAGCUAGUGAAGCUGGCUUACAAAAGACAAAGAAGCAAGAGACAGCUCAGCCAAUGAAAGGAGCAUCUAGUAGGACAUUAUUGGACUGGGAGAGGUCAUCAAUGCAUAGCAGUGAAGGAGUUUCAUUCUCUAAUGCACUGGUACUGUAUCUACUAGCUUCUCUUUGUGAGGGAAUGGACAUAGAAACUAUAAAAACACUAGACCUACAAUCAACUGUACAAGCAUUGGCAUUACUUGUCAAAUCUCAUGGCAUUUACCAUCAAAAAGACAAGCCCAUUUCCACUAGACAAGAGGAAGGGAAAGAGACUGAACUGCUAACAGGAGGUGACGUGACUCUAAGUAUUGCAUUUGGAUUACUGUCAGCCAUACUGGCCAGUGAAAAGAAGCUUAAUCCUAGACUUCAAUCAGUUCUUACAAGCCUCUUACCUUAUUUGGAAUCUUUAGCGUGUCACUGUCCUAAUGAGGAGCUCUCUGGGCUUGCUGAAGACUUGAGGAUAUGUAUUGCCACACUGGGAUCAGUUUGGUCCGAAAAAAUGACGGAAGGAGUGACUGAAAUGACAAAAAAGAAGACAAGGGAAGAGACUCUAGACAAAGAGAAGGUUGAUUCUCUUCAUUCUUCAAAUGCAAGAGCUUCAAGGCCAUUGAUUGAAGUGAUUGGAUCAACUGACAACAAUGAGACACUGUAUGCAAGAGCUUUGAAAGACAUACAAGACUCACUCAUUCCUGUAAAGGGUCACGGCCUACAGCAACUGAGUCAACUUGUAAGAAAAAAAGACAGCGAAACUCUUGCUCACAUUGACCAUACAAUCGAGCUGUUUCUGACACACUUGGGUCACAGUGACACUUAUAUAUACCUGCCAUCAAUUCAAGGGCUGGUGGAGCUAGCCUCUCUCGUACCAGACAGAAUAAUACCACUCAUGUGCAAUGAAUAUGCACAAUUUAAUGAGGCAAGGAAAGCUAGAGCGAGUUGUGGUACUCUGGAAGGUAAGAGUAUAGACUGGCUGGUUAAGUUAGGUGAAGGAUUGGUGAGGGCAUCUCGUGAAUGUGGAGACCUUUUACCAAAGUAUUCCGAGUCUCUUCUGGCAGCUGUUCUUUCAAAUAUCAAGCACGGUGAUCCACUCGUCAGAUCAUCAGGUUUGUCAAACCUAGCUGAUAUAUGCUCCAGUCUUCACUGGUCAUUCACUCCUGUUGAAAAUGAGGUUGUUGAGUGCUUGGAGAAAGUAUUAAAGACUGAUAGCGAUCCGACUGUAAGACGUGGAGCCAUUAGUGUUACAAAGCAUCUCUUUAAAGGACUUGGUACAAAUAUUGACAAAGUUCUUCAAGGAGGUUCCCUGUUGAGUCUCUAUCGUAUGUUAAAGGUUUGCGAAUCGUCAGAUCCUGACCAACUCACAAGGACUCAUGCACAGUCUGCCCUAGCAGAACUGGGAGAUGUAAUGAAACUCAUUCUCUUUCCACCACCCAACUCUCAGAAACUAUGCAAGAAAAUAUCAGUACUAGACCACAUUAAUUGAAACAAUGACAAUAGUUACUGAACAGCACUUCCUUAAAUACACAUUACUUCUAAAGUUCAAAGUUCUCAAGCAGAA